AUGGAUGGGAAUAGAAGAUAUGCAAAAAAGAACAAUAAAAAAAUAAUAGAAGGUCAUCAAAUAGGAUUUGAAACAUUGCACUCGAUGUUAGAAGUUUGUUCACUUCUUGGAAUAAAUACAGUAACAGUUUAUGCAUUUAGUAUAGAAAAUUUCAAACGUCCACCAGAAGAAAAUUGGAAUAAAGGUAUUAGUUCAACUUUGAAUAUUUGUUUUUCCUAUACAUCAAGAGAUGAAAUGACCAUGUCUGUCAAAUCUAUUGUAAAAAUGGUAGAGAAUGAACAAUUACAAAUUAAGGAUGUCAAUGAGAAUUUAUUAGAACAAAAUUUAUUUACUUGUGGGAAUCCACCUCUAGAAAUUUUAAUUCGUACUUCAGGUGAAAUUCGUUUAAGUGACUUUUUACUUUGGCAGUGUAGUCAAAAUUGUUACAUUAAAUUUGUUAAUUGUUAUUGGCCUGAAUUCUCAAUUUAUCAUAUGUUGCCAAUUAUUUUGGAUUAUCAAGCCAAUUAUAAAUCAUUUAAGACUUUUACAUGUAAUAUUUCAAAGAAAAAAGAUUUUUUUUUGUCUGACUGA